AUGGCCAUGCUGUGGCUAUGCAACACGCAACUGCACGGGGAAGAGUGGAUCGCCAGUCAGCUGUAUCUUCAAGGGAAACGGCUGGAGCACCUUUGUCAGGACAUGAACAGACUCCCUCUGCGCUCGCUGGACAAGGACAUGUUCUUGCCGCGGUGGAAGAAGAAGAAGAAGAUGAUGAUGAUGAUGAUGAUGAUGAUGAAGCUGAUGGGGAUCCUCGAUGUAGAGGAUGCAUGUGAAAAUGAGAUGACAGACACGGGGGGAGAUGAAGGAGGUGAUGAAGAAGAUGAACGAGAUGAACGAGAUGAUGAAGAUGAUGAGAUGGCUUUUAAAUAUUUCAAUGGUUUAAACUUCUGGGUGGCGUUGGCAAGCCCCUGGUUUGGCACGCGCUCUUCAGCAUUUAUCCUGCGUUUCGCCUACAUUGCUAUACACUGGGACCACAUUGACAUGCUCGUUCCUGUGGCAAAGCUACAGUAUUUGGCUCCUCCUACCUGGAACACACUCUGGAACCUCUUCAGCAUGGGAUUCUCGGAAAAUUGGCGCCAUGUGGCGGUCGCCCUUCCACCCGAAGCUGUAGCAGUGCGCUUUGUGCAGACUGAGGCCUACACCGAGAUGUAUCUGGACGAGAUUAGCUUUGCUCGCGGCCAUUUCUUUGAUUUCUCAUGCGGCUUCGAGACAGACUUAUGUCUUUGGUCGGGCACGAGCUUGUCAGACUGGCUUGGCCCUGUCUGGGAGCGUGUUAGAAGGUCAGAUGGCUCGAACCUUACUGCGGCUCACGGUGACUGGUACCUGCGGUCAUCCAACAUCUCGCAGAGUAGUGUUGUUGUUAUGCUUGAGAGCCCUUCUGUCCACGCCACCGACAAGGUUCUGUUCGUGUCCUUUUUUUUCCAUGCCAUGGGCUCAGCGGUGCUGGAGCUGGAGUACAAAGCCUCAGAGAACGGUGGCUGGGCGAGCCUUUGGGCGCAGGGUGGCAACUGGAGCUCCGAAUCGUGGCAGGAGGCGAUCGUGGCUGUUCCCAUCGGGGCUGCUGCUUUGCGGCUGGUGGCGCGGCUCGCCUCGCCAGGCGAUGUUGCUAGCAUCGACUCCAUCGCCGUCCUACGCUCCUUGGAAGAGGCUGCCUGCGACUUUGAAGACAACCUGUGCGAUUGGUCAGGCGGACGGCGCGCAGUCGGCCAGGCUGUGGAGGGCGAUUGGUAUCUUUCCUUGACCUCGGAGGCCUCAGACCUCUCAGAACUCCGAAGCCCAGCCUUCCUGACCACCCUGGAGUCGGGCUGGGUGGAGUUCGCAUGGCGCCUCUGGUCUUCGGGCAGCUUGGAGCUGGCUGCCUCCAUACAUGGAAGCUGGUGGACAGUGUGGCAGAUGCAGCAUAGAGUCCCUGACCCAACAGGCUGGCAGCGUGACAAGGCAUUCUUGCCCAGAGGUAUCGACGGUUUGCUCUUCAGGGUGCAGUCUACGACAGCAGACCUAGACCUGAUUCAGCUUUGGCAGUCAGGUUCACAGGCCCAGGAUACGCUGCGAUCUCUGGCUGCUGGGAGAGAUCAUAACUGCGCAGUUGCAGCUAUUGACGGCCGAGUGAAAUGUUGGGGCGCCGGAUCCUCUGGGCAGCUCCUUCAUGGAAGCAGUGACAACAUGGGCGAUGAGCCUGAUGAGAUGGGUUCUUUCUUGCCCUUCGUCGAUCUCAACGAGACAGAAGCGCUGCAAGUAGCCUGUGCGAUCAAGCAUAGCUGCGCCUUGCUCCGCGGAGGGAACGUGACCUGCUGGGGGGGGGCGGAUGCGACCCAUAUCGGGUUUGCAAAGACCUUUGCAGUUCAGAUUAUUGCGGGUUCGGAGCAUGGAUGCGCACUUGUGCAUACUGGUCAAACGGUUUGCUGGCCCCACUCAGUUGUAGAAACCGAUGGAGAUGAUGGAGAUGAUGGAGAUGGGGCCUUGGAUGGCUAUGGGUACGACCCUCGCCCAUUCCGGGUCAAUAUCUCUUCUGACGUGACGCAGCUUGCUGGCUGCAGUACAUCUGUUGAGAUUUGUGCACUCACUCGAGCAGGGCUCGUUGAAUGUCUGUUUCUCCCAUUCCCGGUACGCAGUUCCUUGCCGGACGCUCACCGACUUGAAUUUGGCAUCAGAGCCACGCAAGUCGUCGUUGGGUACGACUUGAACUGUGUGCUGCUGGUGGAUGGCGCAGUCACAUGCUGGAAGCCGACCACUAUGAACAACCCGUACCUUUAUGCCAUUGAGCUGCCCGCUGCGGCAUUUGCCGUUGGGAUCGUUGCCGGCAGUGCCCAUGCGUGCGCACGGCUGCAAGACGAGUCCCUCACCUGCUGGGGGCGUGGGAGUGAAGGACAGUUGGGUGUAGGCUCCAACAACAAUGUGGAAUUGGAGGAGGCAACUCGAGUGGGGACGCUUGUGGCAGUGGAUGUAGGGCCAUAUCGGGUGCGACAGGUGUCAGCUGGAGGCAGCCACACUUGCGUCUUGCUGAGCGACGACAGCGUCAGAUGCUGGGGCAAGGCUGAGUUCGGCCAGCUGGGCACUGGCGACAAAGCCACGGUGGGCUUGUCCCCCGGAGAGAUGGGAGCCUCCCUGGUGCCUGCAGAGAUCUUCCCUUUCCCGUCGCCCGGCGCAGAGCUCGAGGAGCUACGUCUGGGAGGCGAGGGUGGGCAGCUGCUGGAAGUCAGCUAUGGCGGCGCUUGGGGAGUUAUCUGCGACGACGGCUGGGAUGUUUCAGCUGCUAAGGUGGCCUGCAAGCAGCUAGGCCUGUCUGGAGGCGUCCCGGUGUCUGUCCUCCACAACACCGAGCGUGAGGUAUUUAUGCAACGCAUCCAGUGCACAGGCUCUGAGCUGAGCCUGCGCGAAUGCGUGUUCCGAGGGUGGAAGAUUCACAGAGUCCGGUGUGAAGCAGAGGGCUGGAACGAGCACACGACUGCCGGCCCAGAGCGCCGACAAGGCCAUUCAUUUACCUGGGAUGACCAGAAUCAGUCAGCCCUCCUCUUGGGUGGCAGCAGCCAAUUGGGGCAUUACGACUUCAGUGAGGUCUGGGUCUACAGCUGGUCUAUGCGGAAAUGGAAUUAUUGGCAUGCACUUAGUGCAGUACCCGGCCCCAGGUCGGGACACUCUGCGAUCUAUGAUACAGGCUCCUCUUGCACCCUUGUGUAUGCAGGCACUCGUGAGGGCGUCUUCUUUGAUGACAUGUGGCAGUUCUUUUCACAGAAUUCAUCCUGGAAGCAGCUGCAUGUUGCUCAGUCACCGACACCGCGGGCGCACCACUCUGCCAUCUUUGCCAAGCAGCUGCGGUGCAUGGUGGUCUUCGGUGGGCAAAGCAGCGAGGGUGAGCUUGGUGAUCUAAACAUCUUCGACCUCUAG